AUGGCGAUCAAGCAUAACCAGCAGAUCCCCCAUAACCAUUUCCGAAAGGAUUGGCAACGACGAGUCCGAGUUCACUUCGACCAGCCCGGUCGAAAGCUCAGACGCCGCAAUGCUCGUCUCUCGAAGGCUGCAGCAGUCGCUCCUCGACCUGUUGACAAGCUGAGACCUGUUGUCCGAUGCCCAACAAUCAAGUACAACCGCCGUGUACGAGCUGGACGUGGUUUCACCUUGACUGAGUUGAAGGAAGCUGGUAUCCCCCGCAAGCUCGCACCCACCAUCGGUAUCUCUGUUGACCCCCGCCGCCAAAACCUCUCCACCGAAUCUCUCGCCGUCAACGUCGCCCGUCUAAAGGAAUACCACACUCGUUUGAUCCUCUUCCCCCGCAAGUUGGGUCAACACAAGAAGGGCGAUGCUUCCAAGGAGGAUGUCUCGGCCGUGAAGAAUGUUGUCACGCGCGUCAAGCUUGGUCUGCCUAUCGUCCGCGCUGAGGCUGGUAUCUCGGAGAUCAAGAAGAGUGAUAUGCCUGAGCCAAUUGAGGGUGGUGCCUACAGAAAGUUGAGGGAUCUCAGAAGUGAGGCAAGAAACCUUGGCAAGCGUGAGAAGCGGGCGAAGGAGAAGGCCGAUGAGGCAGCUGCUGCUAAGAAAUAAAUUGCAUGGGUUGCUCCGGGGUCUUUGUUUCUACGUUGGCUGCGAGGUAUGGCUGGAGGUCACAAUGGCAACUUUCAAGGAUUGCUUAGGUGUACUUUCAUGAAUGCAAAAUGACUUGCAAAUCAACCGGAUGCUCUUGUAUCAAGUGGCAAGUGUGGUGUGAAUGUAUUACCGGUAGUAAUGACGAGGUCAUCACUGUUGAUUCAGAUUAUGAUUUCACAGAUGUCAGUUUGAAAUCGCUGAUAUUACUCAUCUUGAAUAGCAUCCGGUCUUCCCAUUUCCUAGAACCCCGACCUUUAUUUAAAUUUGAUUCGAUUCGCU